AUGGAGCUCCUGGGCGCGAAGGCGCGAUUCGCGUCUGCGAUCAUGCUUGUCCUGAUCUGUGGCCUCACCAUCUUGGUACGUGUUAUCUUCCGACAUUGCACAGGUCAAUGCGUGCCCCUUCUGGAAGGAGCUCGUGCCGACGUCAUUGUGACGUUCAACAGCCCCCGCGCCUUGCCUGGCGGCCUGGCUUUCUGGCUUGAGGUGGGCGGUGGCUCUCCCACGCCCAUGAGCUGCUUCGACAAGGUGCCCUCCGAGCCUCAAGUCUGGCACGGCGUGCCAUCAGGUGACCAUCGCAUCCGAGCCGUGCUUUGGAAGGCUCCGUCAGGUUCGUCGGCGCAGCCCAAGUCGAAAGAGGAGCUCGAGGGAACCGGCCCUUUUGAAGUGGCACGGUCCGAGAGCGUGGAGCUCGUGGUACAUCGCUUCGAAGACUUCAAUCCCAGCUACGAGUUUCGGAAAGUGGAGCCGUGGCAUCGGCUUCCAGAAGGUCUUGAGAUCUCCGUCAACUUGCAGGAAGGCGGUAGCCAAGCCCGGAUUCCGCAACCAUGGCAGUGGGACGUCCGAGUAGUCGGCCAAGAGGCGAGACAGCGCGUCCCGGUACGUGCCGAGACAACGAUGUCCGACAUCCUUGAAGUCCUUGGAUUGUCUGAUUCUACACAUGAGGUGGUUUGGUGUCAGGAUUCUGGCAAGCACGAGCGGGUGCUGCAGCCUGGCUGGACAGCUCUUCAGGCCGACCUCUUCAGGUAUCAGAACCAGGUCUUCGUCCGUCGAUUCGCAACUAUGGUGGACUGA